CACCCUAAGCAUUACCGGUGGAAAAAAUUUUAAAGAAAAGUGUUUUAAAGACGUUUUAAAAUUGAAAUAAAAUGAUUCCAAGCAACGAACCACAGAAAAUUCAUGGCCAAGAUAAGAAUGUUCCUUUGGUUAUGGUGCCUGCUGUUUUGCCUUCGACUGCCAUGUUUGUUCCAACUAACGUCAAUUUGCCCCAAUUUUAUUGUUUGCCGCAGAAUAUUGAAUUAGCGAAAAUGAUGCAAAUGAAUGCCCAAUUGAGCCUGUUUGCCAACGCAAACAACUCCAAUCCGCAUUUUUAUCCGCCGCCAGCCCAAGUUCCGAACUAUGACGUCUCAAAUUUGAAGGAUCAAUUGCAUGAAUUGACUCGGAUUGCUCUGAAUGGCUGCGAUGUCGGCGAAACAAUCGCUCUUUCGCACCAAAAACGCCCCUGCUUCAAGAAAAUCGACAGUUUGUGUGCCCGUUUGAAGCAAGAUCUCCUCCGCCCCGACAACGUAAUCGCCAACAUCAACUCGCAAGGUGUCGCCUGGGCCGUCAAGGACUUUAUUUUCGUUUUUACGCGCAUCAUCAACGCCUGGAUCAUCAUCAAGGACUACGCGAACAACCAAUCGGAGGGCUUGCAAAAGGUUCGUUCCGCAUAUUCGCCCAAUUUUUGUGCUUCCUUCGAAAAGUGGCAGGAUUCCACAAUCGACUUUAUCGAUCAGCUUAUCAAGUCGUUCGCGGGUCUCGAUGAUCUCGUGCAAAGUCAACGCACGCAAAAUUACACGCCAAGCAAGGAGGAUCACCUGAACGUGAGUGGCGGCUCGAGCAAUGAUUCCCUCAAAUCGGGCAGUUCGAAGAAUAGUGUGUUGAUUAGUAACUCGGAAAGUGUCCAAGCGAAGCACGAUGAGGCAGGAACGUACUUCAAAACGGGCGUUUAUGAGCCUUUGUUGAAACGAGAGAGUCCUAGAAAGGAGGAAAUGCAGCAUUUACGCGGAUUUCAAGCAACUGGUGGCGGAGAUGUGCCGAAACGUGGCGUCGAUCUUGACGAUUAUUCGAAAAUGUCGGUGCUUAAGUCGAUUUGGACACGCGAAAAUGACUUUCAUGCCACUUGGAACCGCUAUUUGUUGGAAAAGAUCUUGAAUUUGAAGGAAGGCGAAUAUUUCUUCACCAGUCAUUUCAUGGAAAAUUACUUUCCAGGCUUCACCAAAUACGUUCCGAACUACAUCGACCUCCGCACCAUCGUCUUCAAACUCGAAGUCGGCGAUUAUCUCAACAUCUACGAAGUCGUACACGAUCUACGUCAAAUUCUGUACAGCGGCAACGUCUACUUGCAACACCAAUCGAACCAUUUGAUGGCAAAGAGCUUGAACUCCUUCGAAUACGAGUUGGAAGAAAUGCUCGCGGAAAAAUUCUUUGCUGGCAUGAAUUUUAACCACAUCACCGGUGGUCCGCAUGACAAAGUUUACUAACCCAAUUCUUGACAUUUUAGCAUUUAAUGUCCGCCCACGCCCCAAAAGUAUCUGUUAAAAAUUAAAUAUUCUGAAACUAUUUCUUUGCUAGACGACACCCGCAUGUGUCAUCAUCCUCGUUCAUUCUUCGUGAGAAAUCAAAACUAAGCGAAAACCGUGUAAGCCAAAAUUUAAUUUUAAUUAAUAUCACAAGUGAAAAAUCCUGUAAAGAUAUUGUUUUAUGUAAAUUCACUUCAAAUUCAUCGCCGUUAGGUAAAAUUUUAUGUUACAUGAUUUUCUUUUCGCACGAAAAACUAAACAAAACUCAAGAACGCUGAGUGCGAAAAGUAAAAAAGGAAACUUUUUCAUCAACAGAAAAGUUCAUCAUUCAACUCUUACUCUUCAUUGCACCUUUUGUGCCUCCUUUAUUUAUAAAUAUUGAAACAACUAAUCUCUAUUUUAGUUGCAUUUGUUGCUAAAAAGCUAAUCACGUUGCACUUGCAUUGACUUUCGAUUACGAAUCAGCAUAGAAAAAAAUUUUACAUUGAGUGUAUGAUAAAAAUUUUCCCUAGUUUUAGCGAUAAAUACUGAAAAUAUGUGUGUAACGCAACACGAGAGAGAGAGAGAGAAAAAUUAUGUUUUGUUACGAUUAUAAGUUUGCACGUUAUAAAUUUGAAUAAAAAAUUUGAAACAAAA